AUGCUAUUUCGUUUUCGAAAACAUUUACAUUUACUUUAUCUACUUGUUACACUUAAUAUAAUUUUUUUUCUUAUUGUCUAUCAUCGUCUUAUAUUAAUAACUCCAUCAUCAUCAUUUAUUGAUUUAUCAAUAACAUCAUUUAUUGAUAAUAGUUUCAAUGCACAAAAUGAUCAAUAUUUAUCACCAUCAUCAACUUGUUAUAUACCUCGAUUUGAUCCAUGGGAUCAAACUGUUGCAAAAUCUAUACAUAUUAAACCAAUCUAUCGUUGUCCGAUGAAUAAACAAAAUUUAAUAGACGUUAUUAAUAAUACACAAUUAUUUAUUAAUCAAACAGUGAAUAGAACUUCGUUUUCAAAUUCAAUAACACAUUGUGUUUAUUUAAAAGUUGGAAGAAAUCCUGAAGAAAAAUUUUUUCGUGAUUGGUCUUAUACAUUAUCAGAACCAAUAUUAAUUGUUAAUGGAUAUACCGAUCCAAUAUUAGAUGCUGAUUUUGUUCUUACGCGUUGUUAUAAUGAUAGAACACGAUACUUUAACGGUACAACAUUUUGUGGUUAUAAGUGUCCAAAUACUACUGAAAUAAAAUCAAGAUAUAGAAGACUUCCAUUAAAAAAGAAUAAAACUUCCGAUCUUGUCUAUGAAUAUAUUCAUCCAUUAAUACGUAUUAAAAAACCACCAUUUUCACGUGAUGUAUGGUUAAAUAAAACUGAAUCUAGUUGGAUAUCAAAUUUAUUUCAAUCAUCAUCUAAUUAUUCGCCACCAUCUGUAAUGAUAAUUGUACUUGAUGCUGUAAGCGAUUUACAAGCACGUCGUGCAUUACCACGAACUCUAUCUUAUUUAAAAUCUCAAGGUUUAUUUACAUUUCAACGUCAUACUGUUGUUGGUGAUGGUACAUUUGAAAAUAUUGUUCCUAUGUUAUUUGGUCAAUCAGCAAAAGAUUAUCAAAUACCAAAUAAAAAUGAUAGUCGAUAUGAAUUUAUUCGAAUGGAAACAAAAAUUGAUUCAACAACUAAAAAACAUUAUCAAAUUAAAAGGAUUAUUCAUUAUCCUGGACCAUUUGAUAAUUAUCCAUUUAUAGUAAAAAAUUUUUCUAAAUUUAAUUAUACAACUUAUUUUAGUGAAGAAUGGCGUGAAAGUGCUUUUUAUAAUUUAAAAAAUGGUUUUCGUCAAGCACCAACUGAUUAUUAUUUACGUCCAUAUUGGUUAUCAUUAUAUGAAACAAUGUCCUAUAAUAAAUUUUUAGGAAAUUCAAAUCCUAAACCAUGUUAUUUAAAUAAAUUAUUACAUCACUUAUCAUUAAAUUGGCUUGAAAAAUUUAUUAAUAUUCAUCAUAAAACAUCCAAUUAUCCAACAUUUGGUAUUAUGAAAAUGAAUGAAAUGAGUCAUGAUUAUUUAGAAAGACUUUUUUGGAUUGAUUAUGAUUUAAAAAAUUUUUUUGAAAAUUUAUUUCAAAAAAAUUUAUUAAAUAAUACAAUAUUAAUAUUUUGUGGUGAUCAUGGUCAUAGACAACAUCGUAUAAGACUUACACGUAUUGGAGGUUUUGAAGUUAAAUUACCUUUUUUUUCUAUGUUAUUUCCACAAUCAUUUAAACAACAAUUUCCACAAGCUAUGAAAAAUUUAAAAAAUAAUGAACAAAUGUUAACAUCUUGGUGGGAUGUUUACGAAACAUUAGCAAAUAUUCUGAAGAUGAUUGAACAACCAUCUAUAUUUGAUCCUCUCUUAGUCAAUUGGCAUUCAACAACAGCGGGUAUAUCUCUUUUUCAUCCUAUACCUGAACGAAAUUGUUCAUCAGCUGGUAUACCUGAAAAAUAUUGUCCAUGUUCACGUAGUACCCCACUUGAUACAACAUUACCUGUAAUCAAAGAAUUAGCAUUAGUUACUAUUGAUCAUAUAAAUAAUGUAAAAUUAAAAUCACAUAUGCAUUUAUGUCUUCCACUUGAACUUAAAACAAUUAUUCGAGCUGAAGUCGAAAAAUUACCAACACCUAAAAAAAUCGAUAAUAAAAUAGCAAAUUUUACUGAAUCAUAUACAGUUCUUUUUGAAGUAUUACCAUCCGGUGGAAUAUUUGAAAGUCGUCUUCUUUAUCAUCAACAAACAAAACGAAUACAAUUACAUAGUGAUAUACUUCGUGUUAAUCUUUAUGGUGAAACAUCAGCAUGUAUUCAAGAUAAAUAUGAAUUACGUUCUUUUUGUUAUUGUAUUUCAUAUGAUCAAAAACUAAAAAAUAAUCUAUCAACUACUCUUAUACCACAAUAUACAUCUAAUAUUACUGUUGUCAAUUCAAAAAUAACAAUGAAAAAGUAG